GCUUGCCCAUUGUACCGUAUCCGUUAAAAGGUGUGCCACCGAUACGCGAUUAGUUCUUACCAAAGGUCGCUGCCGGUAGGAUCCGUUGCCAAGAUUUACGAAAAUACCUUCUUUUCUUUUAUUCUUUUUUAUUCCUCCUCAUCGAAAAUUACAAUCGAAAAGAUACCACACUGGAGUAUAAUCUCAAGUAGAACCGGUUUAAUGGAAGAGGAAGAGAAGAACGUAAAAAGUGAAGUUGCGGAGAGGGAGGAGGUUAGAGAAAAUGGAAGUACAAAUAGUGAAGAGACUGAAGAAAACGGCGGGAAAAAUCAUGAGGGUGACAACGACACGUUCGAGAAUGACUCCAACUUCGCCCUUAAGGGCAUGGAAUAUACGCAAACAGGAAGGAAGACCAGUAUUUUCAAGUACUACGCGUUUAAGGAGAAAGAAUCAAUGCCGAACAUAAUGAAGAAACAACAACAGGGUCCAUUGAUCGGUGUAAUAGAUGUUGGUACACGAACAGUAAGAUUUGUGGUAUUCAAUGCGAAGCAUAUAACAGAAGUAGCUUCUCAUCAGAUCGACAUUGAACAAUUGAGUCCAUUGGAAGGAUGGCUCGAAGUCGAUCCUAAAGAAGUACUUUUUGCUGUGAAGGCAUGCAUCAAAGACGUCAUAAAAAGAUUUGAAUCGCUCAAUCUAAAGGUAGAAGACAUCGUCACGAUCGGUAUCACAAAUCAGAGAGAAACUAUUAUAGCGUGGGAUAGCAUAACCGGUGAACCGUUUUACAACGCUAUAGUGUGGUCUGACAUAAGAACCGCUUCGACCGUCGAUCAGAUCAUUGCCAAGUUCCCAGACAAAAGUAAAAACCAUCUGAAGCCACUUUGCGGUUUGCCGGUCAGUCCUUUUUUCUCUGCUUUGAAAAUUCGAUGGAUGAAGGAUAACGUACCGACUGUUAGAAAAGCAAUAAGAGAUAGACGUUGUAAAGUUGGUACGAUGGACACAUGGAUCCUUUGGAACUUAACCGGUGGUAAGGAAGGUGGACUUUACAUAACGGAUGUCACGAAUGCCUCGAGAACGAUGCUAAUGAACAUCGAGACUCUUUCAUGGGAUCCAACAUUAUGCAGAUACUUUGACAUUCCUAUGCAAAUAUUACCCGAUAUUAAGAGCAGUUCAGAGAUUUAUGGUAAAAUCUCGAUCGGUCCCUUAACGGGUAUUCCGAUAUCGGGCAUUCUUGGUAAUCAACAAUCGGCAUUGGUAGGACAAAAUUGUUUGAAACAGGGUCAAGCUAAGAAUACUUAUAGAAGUGGAUGUUUUUUACUAUGUAAUACAGGAACUAAGAGAGUGUAUUCUUCUCACGGUUUAGUCACCACAGUUGCAUAUCAAUUAGGCCCAAAUAGUCCUGCCGUUUAUGCAUUGGAAGGUUCAGUGGCAGUAGCCGGUGCUGCUGUUAAAUGGUUAAGAGAUAAUAUGAAACUUAUCAAGGAUGUUCACGAAUCCGAACAUUUGGCACAAAGCGUUUUUAGUACUGGUGAUGUUUAUUUUGUACCAGCUUUCACGGGACUUUAUGCCCCUUAUUGGAGAAAAGAUGCCAGAGGAAUAAUAUGCGGUCUCACGGCUUUUACUACGAAACAACAUAUUAUAAGAGCGUGUCUCGAGGCAGUAUGCUUUCAAACAAGAGAUAUUUUAGAAGCAAUGUAUAAGGAUUGUGGUUUUCCAUUAAAAAAAUUAAAUACCGAUGGUAAAAUGUCGACGAAUAAUCUCCUUAUGCAAUUACAGGCAGAUCUUUGUGGUACACCAGUAUUUAGAUCCACUAUACCGGAUAUGACAGCAUUGGGUGUAGCAAUGGCUGCUGGUCAUGCGGAAGGAAUAAAUAUAUGGGAAUUAGAAGGUGAAGAAAUUGAAAGAGUACCAACGGAUACGUUUCUACCAACUACAACACCUGAGGAGAGAGAUGCUAGAUAUAAAAAAUGGAAAAUGGCGGUUGAAAGAAGUUUGGGUUGGGCAGCCGUUAAGAAGUCUGAUCAAAUGACAGAUGAAAGAUAUUGCGUCUUAGCCUCUAUACCUGCCAGUUGGUUCUUAAUGACGAGCUUUAUGUUAUUAAGAUUAAGUCGAUAUUUGGAAAAUCGGUGACAUCACGGGUAUGUCACUGAAGUGAUUCUCGAAAUAGAGGGCAGAUAGCCUAAUUAUAAUUUUGAACGACAUUUAGGAAAGAUGACUGAGAGUGCUCGGUUAUCAAUAUAGAAAAGCAGUCAGUCAUAUUGGUAAGGGAUAACGAGAUUACGAAAGAUUAGAAAUAACUUAUUUUUCUGCAUUACAGCUGUAUAUUACAAAGCUGUUACAAAACACGUGAAGAUAAGAUUAACGGAAAUGGAACAGGGAAUAGAAAAUGAACGAAGUAACACAUCAUUUCGAAGGAACCUUAAACGUUCUAUCUAAAAAAAGAAAAAAAAAGAAAAAAAUAAAAAAAUAAAAAAAAUAAAAAUAAAAAAAAGUAAAAAAGAAAAGAAACGAAACAAAAAAAAAACAAAUAAAAAGAAGAACAAAAGAUUCCAAAGUUUCGAAUCCACGAUAAACCGUAUAUGAACAAUUAUUAUUAUAAUAAUUUGCUAGUAAAGUGUAUCAUAUCGUACUCUUGCCAAUACUUCGAAAACAAAAAAAAAAAUAAAAAAAAAAGCAAAAAAAAAGAAAAGAAAAAACAAA